CUGUUCUAGAGCUUGUAUAUGACAAGAUUGUAUCAUCUAACGUGACGAAAUUGGAAUGCCUCCGAAUCCUCCACAAACACCGCUCCGCCGCCUCUCUCAAGGCUCGCUCUUCCGCCUCUCGCGCUCAACCGCGUACCCCGACGCGCCGCACGGCCUCGGCUUCCUCGAGCCCGCGCUCGCAGAGCUCAUCGAUGAGGCCGAAGCGCUGCAGACCAAUGCAGAAGGUCUACGGAACCUCGGCGACGCGCUCGGCACGUUCAACGAGAGCUUCGCGAGCUGGCUGUACGCGAUGAACAUGAACGCUCUUACGACGGACUGGUCGCAGGCACCGUCGCAGGGAUCGUUCAUUCUAGCUGCGCGGCGCGCAGAGGAGGACGCGCGCGCGGCGCUCUCAGCCAUGAGGGCAGCUGAAGAGGCAGCCCGUCGACCACCAACGCCGCCAGAGCCCACUAUCGACAGAUCUGAGCUGCCCACGGCCGACGGGCCAACCGAGACGAACAUCACCGGGACCACCUCCGCCUCCGCGAACAAGGGCGCGAAGCCCGUGGGAGUGCUGAAGAAGAAAACGGCCAAGCCGAAGCUGACCGCGAAGGAGAAGCGCGAACGCGGCCUCGAGAUGGAGCGGCUGCUGUCUGCGCUCCCGCUCGAGUGGCGGGGGAACGACCCGAAUCUGCGCCGCCAUAUGGAGACCGUCGUCGAGAAGUUCUGGGACAACCCUGACGAGGGGUUCAGCAUCGUGGCGUUCAUUAAACCUCCAGAUCUGAACCAGGCACGCGUGAAUAAGUGUCUGAUCGCGCUGGUGAACCGCAAGAUUGUAAGGAAGGAUAAUAGCACUGGAACUGUAAUGUAUCAUUGGAAUGGACUGCCGAGUUGAUCACGAAUCACGACAGCGCAAAUACGCUUGUCUGCUCGUGACAACCUCUCUACGUUCGUAAUCGCUCGAGACAUCGCCUGAACACUGAGGAUGGGUGUUUGAUUUUCACCGGUCUCCGC